AUGCUAGCUAUCUUUACCAGUGCGGCAUGCGGCGCAGCCAGUAGCCAGUUCAGCCGAUUGCGCGAAUCGCGUCCGUCUUUAUCUGGGCUAGCCCAAGGCCCUGCAGCGAACGUGGCGCGGGCAGACAACACUGCGACGGCCGCCGGAGGGCCGCCACCGGGCCGCCGCCGCGCCCAGAUUAAAAGGCCCGCAUGGGCCGCAACACUUGGCCGUGAAUGUUGUGUUGCAGCGGCGGGGCUGUCGGCGGCGCAAGUGAGCGCGCUGGGGGUGUCCACGCAGCGCAGCUCCUUCGUCACGUGGCACCGCGAAACGGGCCGCCCCUUCCACAACUUCAUCACGUGGAAGGACGUGCGCGCCGACGACCUGGUGCGCCAGUGGAACGCCUCUCUCACCCUCAAGGGCCUGCACGUGGGCACGCGGCUGCUGUACGCGGUGACCCGCAGCCAGCGCUUCCUGGCCGCCUCCGUGUUGAAGCUCAUGAACUCGCAGGUGCGUCCCCGAGCUGCACGCUUUCGCGGCCCCGCGUCAACACCCACGCCCCACGGGCCCCUUGGAUUCCGCAACUUCCGAGAUGACAAUAUUUCAGACAUAUGUCGGGUUGCUGCGUAA